AUGCGCAAUUGCGAUGUACCAGUAAUGCUCACGUUAAUAUGUAGUUUAACAGAAAAAGAACUCGGCGAAGGUGAGCCAAUUUUUGAAUGGCGUCCAAAAGGGAACUAUCUUGCUGUUGCUGGCUCCAGUAACUUGGUGAAACUAUACGACCGAAGUGGCAAUUUGAUUGACGAAUUAGUCAUACCUGGGCAGGUGGAAGCAUUAUCAUGGGAUCGAGAUGGUGACAUGUUAGCUAUAAUGAAUGAUAAGAGUACAGCAGUAACAUUAUGGGAAUUUACGUCGAAAACAGCCACCAAAUUAGAUAGUGGUAUGAGCGGGAAGGAGAAACCAACGUUUAUAUUAUGGUCUCAUAUUUCGCCAGUUUUGGCUAUCGGUUAUGAUACGGGAAAUUUGUUACUUUAUAACCAACGUACCUCACGCAAGACUUCAGCAAUCGGGAAGCAUCAAAGUGCCAUAACUUGUGGAGCAUUUUCAAAUAAUGAAUUGCUUGCAUUGGGUUCAACCGAUUUCACUAUAACUGUUAGCAGCAUUGACGGUGAUUUGCUAUAUUCAUUCAUGUGUAACAUGGAACCAUCACUGAUUAAAUUUUGUGAUCGGAAGCAACAAACUGAUAAAAAUGCUAAGCCUGACGUAAUGUUAGGUGCUAUUUUGAGUCAGAAUACUAUCCUAUUGGCAGAGCUGAGUGAUAAUACACAACUUAUCAAUCUUCAAUGUCAAGUUCAUUACGGUCAAAUCGUAACAUUUUGUUGGUAUCGGAGUAAUUUUUUAUUAUUGGGUUUUGAUAAAGGUUUUUUUGUUUGUGUUUCAACGAUUGCUGCAGAGAUUGGUCAGGAAAUUUAUGCAGUACAAGAUUUCAAGACAUAUUUGUCGUCUAUAUGCAUCAAUGAAUCAUUAUCUAAAGUUCUGCUAAUUGGUGACAAUCAGAUACGAAUACGUGAAAUGAGUCGACUUGAUGAAAUUGUUGAAAUUGUCGAAGUUGACAUUAAGAACAAUGAUUUAUGUAGUAUUUCAACAAAUUACGAUGGACGAUUGGUUGCUGCUAGUACUCGGUCUGGCACAUUACAUUUAUUUCUAACAAAAAUGCCCAUGCUUGGAGCUGCAUACCGGAAUACUAUUGCUAUUUUAUCGUCAUUGAAUGAGAUAACCCUUUUUAGAGAAGGAGAAAAGAAUCCAUUAGCAGUAGUGAAAAUUGAACUGGAACCAACAAGAAUUGCAUUGGGUCCAAAACACAUUGCAAUUACAAUGAAUAAUCGUGCAUGGCUUUAUGAAAUUGCUGAAACGAAAGGAAUUCGACACGUUUGUGAAAUUGAAUAUUUGUCAACGGUUAAUGCUAUGCAUUUGAAUGAAAACUAUGCUGUUGCUAAGCUUGACAAUCGGGCACAGUUACAGAAGCUGCAUGGUGAAGGAAAUGGAUUCGUUAUUCCGGAUUCGGUACAUGCUAGUUAUGGGCUUCAGGAUAUUUCACUCACCGAUAAUUUCCUUAUCUAUUGUACAAAUGAUGGGCACCUUUAUUAUUAUUCAUUGGCAGAUGAAAGAUAUGUGAACGAAUACAGACAUGUAGCGGGAAUCACAUCGUUAUAUCCGGAACCAGAAGGAAUUACGCUUUGUUUUUUCGAUGCACUCUUAAAUGCAUACAUUUACAGUCCUGUUGAUAAUGAGCCUGUCAAAAUCCCCUCAAUUAAUUCCACUGCUCAUUUAAAGAGUUGUCUAUGGGAGAAUUUCUCCGUGGAUCGCGACACAUUUGUUGUAUGUAAUUCAGAUACCAUUCAUGUUUAUCUUGUGUCCAAGAAUCAAAUAGAAAAUGUUUCAUUGGCAAAAAUUGGAAUCACAAAUAUACCAUACGGACAUAUCCCAUUGAUGCUUUGUAAGGGAAUUGUUCACUGUCAAACACAAAAUGGACGUAUUGGUAGUAUAUUGUUGGAGAGUCAUCGAACUGAUAUGGUAUUUGAAGGGAAAUCACCAAAAACUCUGGAAAAAUUAUUGGAUCAAGCGCUUAAUCUAAAAAGAUGGAUGCAUGCAUGGCGUAUAUGUGAAUAUACGAAAAUUCAUGAACAUUGGAAUAAAUUUGCAAUUACAGCCACAAAAAAUGGUGAAGUAGAUUUAGCAAUUAAGAUUUUCAAGCAAAUCGAUGCAGUGGGUAUUGUUUGGAGUUUGGAAGAAAUACAAUACAUUGAGGAAAAAAAUUUGCUAAAUGGAUAUUUGGCCCUGUUAUUAGGAAAUUUUGAUGUGGCAGAAAAACUUUUUUUGCAGUCGACUAAGCCAAGAGAAGCUUUGGAUAUGCGUCGGGAUCUGUUACAUUGGGAUAAAGCACUGAAUUUGGCAAAACGUUUGGCUGAAGAAGAAGUGCCAAUGAUUUCAAAGGAAUAUGCACAACAAUUAGAAUUUAUGGGAAAUUAUAGCCAAGCACUGGUGCAAUACGAAAAUGGCUUGAUUAAAAAUCCAGACGAAAGCAAUGAACAGUUGGUUUUGGAACAUAACAAUAUGUGUAACUCUGGCAUUGCUCGAAUGUCUAUUCGCACAGGAGAUAUUCGGAAAGGAAUUGAAAUUGCUGCAAGUAUCGAAGGACGAGCCGUUAAGCGCGAUUGUGCGACAAUUCUAGAACAGAUAAAGCAGUAUAGUGAUGCAGCAUAUUUGUAUGAACUUGGGCAUUUUUAUGAUCGAGCUGCUGCAGUUUCACUAAAAGCAAAGAAUUGGACUAAGGUGAGCAGUCUUUUACCUAAAAUUCACUCGCCAAAAAUCCAUACGGCAUAUGGCAAAGUGAUGGAAAGAGAGAAAAAAUUCAAACAAGCUGCAAUGGCUUACAAAAAUGCUCGAGAUUACGACAACUUAGUAAGACUUCUGUUAGAGCAUUUGAAUAAGCCUGAAGAAGCAGUAUGUAUUGUGCGGGAAAGUAGAAGCGUUGAAGGAGCAAGACUUGUUGCAAAAUUUUUCACCAAACUUGGAGAUCAAGAUUCAGCUAUCCAAUUUUUGGUACUUUCUCAAUGUCAACAGGAAGCAUUUCAUCUGGCAGAAACAGAACAAAAGAUGGAUAUUUUUGCUGAUGCUGUUGAAGAUGAUGGAACAGUGGAUGUGUUUUUGCAGUUGGCUGAUUAUUAUGCAAAGAAUAUGAAUUCACAGAAAGCUGGAUUUUUUUACUACAAAGCUGGGCAAUAUUCGAAGGCAUUGGAUUACUUGCUUACAAACGGUGAAGAUACGAAGGCAAUAAGUACAGCAAUAGCAUGUGUAGUAGAAGCACGAAACCCUGACCUAAAUUCUCAUAUGAUUGAUUAUUUGCUUGGUGAAAUUGAUGGUAUUCCUAAGAAUCCAAAAUUUCUCUUUAAAUACUAUAUUUCAAUGAAAAUGUACCGUGAAGCAGCGAAAACAGCGGUUGUGAUAGCCACCGAAGAGCAAGCAAAUGGUUCAUAUCGUACUGCACAUAAGUUAUUGUUUGGCAUGUAUCAAGAAUUACAAAAUGAAAGAAUCAAAGUGCCAUUUGAGGUGCAAAAUAACCUCAUGUUACUACACAGUUACCUCAUAAUAAAGAGUUUGGUGAAACGUGGCGAACAUAUGAAAGCUGCACGUAUGUUGAUAAGAGUGGCCGGUAGUAUCAGCCAUUUUCCAGCACAUGUUGUAUCUAUUCUUACAACUACUGUUAUUGAAUGUACCAAAGCAGGCCUUAAACAAUCAGCAUUUAAAUUUGCUGUUGAGCUUCUAAAAGAUUGCAAUCGAAAGAGUAUUGACGAAAAAUACCGCAAAAAAAUUGAAGCUGUUGUAAGGAAAUCAGAUAAAUUACCAGAUCCAGAAGAACUAAAGACAUGUUGUCCGUACUGUGAUAACCCAACGGAAGAAUCGAUACUCGUUUGCGCUUCAUGCAAAAAUUUGAUUCCUUACUGCAUUGUUACAGGCUUACACUUGGUCACGAAUGAUUUUACAACAUGCCCAUCAUGUGGCUUCCCUGGUUUUUAUUCUGAAUUAAAAAGACUCAAGGAUGAACAAGAAGGUUGCCCAAUGUGUGGUGAGGAACUGAGCGAUUUGAAACUAGUGGAUGAUGUAAAGCAGUUUUUAAUGAAUGACCAAAAAAACAGACAGUAA